CAUGGCCGCUGCCGAGACUCCCACCGAGGCGUGCCUGGCAUCGAGCGUGCUGAGCUGGGAGCAGGUGCGCCGCCUGGAUGAGGUCCUGACCGAGGUGGUGCCCGUCCAUGGGCGGGGCAACUUCCCCACCCUGCAGCUGACCCUCAAGGACAUCGUCCAGACGGUGCGCUCCCGGCUGGAGGAGGCCGGCGUCCACGUGCGGGACGUUCGCCUGAAUGGCUCGGCGGCCGGCCACGUGGUGGUUCAGGACAAUGGGCUGGGCUGCAAGGACCUGGACCUCAUCUUCCACGUGGCCCUGCCCACGGAGGGCGACUUCCAGCUGGUGCGCGAUGUGGUUCUGGGCUCCCUGCUGCUCUUCCUGCCGGCGGGUGUGAACCGGCUGAAGAUCAGUCCCAGCACGCUGAGGGAGGCCUACGUCCAGAAGCUGGUCAAGGUGUGCACGGAGGCCGACCGCUGGAGCCUCAUCUCGCUGUCCAACAGGGAUGGGCGGAACGUGGAGCUCAAGUUUGUGGACUCGAUCCGGCGCCAGUUUGAAUUCAGCGUGGACUCGUUCCAGAUCAUCCUGGACUCGCUGCUCCACUACUACGGCUGCGCCGAGCAGCCCAUGUCGGAGCACUUCCACCCAACGGUGGUUGGAGAGAGUGUCUACGGGGACUUUGGGGCGGCCCUGGAGCACCUCCGCAGGCGGCUGAUCGCCACCAAGAACCCGGAGGAGAUCCGCGGGGGUGGCCUGCUCAAGUACAGCCACCUCCUGGUCCGGGAUUUCCGGCCCCUGGACCAGGACCGGAUCAAGACGCUGGAACGCUACAUGUGCUCCCGGUUCUUCAUCGACUUCCCCGAUCUCGCGGAGCAGCGGCGCAAGCUGGAGGCCUACCUGCAGACCCACUUCGCCAAGGAGGAGAGGAGCCGCUAUACCUACCUGGUGACUCUGCAUCGCGUGGUCAACGAGAGCACCGUGUGCCUCAUGGGGCAUGAGCGCCGUCAGACGCUCAACCUCAUCUCCCUGCUGGCCCUGCGGGUGCUGGCCCAGCUCAAUGGCCUCCCAGAUGCCACCAGUGUCACCUGCUACUACCAGCCUGCGCCGUAUGUCGGCGACGGCCACUUUGGUGGCUACUACGUCGCCGGCCCUACGUCCGGACCCCAUGGCCCCGCAUACCCCACCUGGCUGCCCUGCAACUAGCCCGAGCCCUCUGGGCUCUCCGGAUCGGGGGUGGGGUUGGGGAGGGCCCAGCUGGCCAGGGCUCACGGCUCUGGUCCGGGAGCAGGUUGUUGGCCUGCCUUGAGGGGCCCGCUUGUGGGCAGCCCUGCGGAGGACAGGGUGGUCUGCCUGCCCGUCCAGAACUCUCCCAAAGAGCUGGUGUUUCUGAUCCCAAACUCAGGCUCUUGGGAAUCUGGACACGAGCCAGCCAUUGGGGCUGGGAAUUUCUUGGGGGGUGAGGGUGAGUCCAAUCACCUCUGGGUGCCCCUCUGCCCGCUUGCUGAUCCAGCCCCCUUGGCUUUUGUUGUGAAGUCAUGACUUGCGCUCCUCUUGAUUGUCAUGGUCUUGGUAAAGGGUGUGUUUGGGGUGUGUGUGUGUCCGUGUCCCCGUCCGCCCGUCCCCAUCCGUCCGUCCAUCCCCUUAGUCCCUGUGUGGAAGGCAACAUCGAGCCCAACUCUGCCCUGUGAGGGUCCAGUGGGGACUCAGGUGCUGCUAUCCCUGCUUGUUAUUGGAAUGAAAAAUGAGGAUGUUAAAACUCGUUUGACACCUUUCCCUAAAAGUCACGUUGAGGUGGGAGAACCCUAAAACAAAUUUUGUUGGCAUGGGAGAGGAAUUUUGAUUUUUUUGAAAAGCGUGCGCUUUCUCUUGAAGUGGAACUCUCUACUCCAGUAACUCUUGCCAUGGGUGUUGGCUUGGUGCCAGGUGCCCUGCUGGCUUUCAUGUCAUAGCCGCAUUCCACCUGGACGAAUGCGUGGGGUGGGGCUGGUGGGGUCUGGGCUGAAUUUCUAGAAAUGGGGCCACAGCGGCUCUCGGGGCUCAGCUUCCGGUCUCGACCACUGGCCCGGACUGCCUUUCCACGCCAGAGUUGGGUGAACUGGCCGACCUGUUGGUCUCUCUGAGAGACCCAGGGGGACAAGUCGCUUGGUCUGGCUGAGACUAAUAGCUCCAGACGGUCUGGCCGAGACUAAUAGCUCCAGACCUUGGAAUCCUGGCUCUCGCGGUCCUCCCCUUGACUGCGAGGAGGGUGAGAGGGGAGGGGUUGACCACCUCUUCUCACCAUUGGUGGGUGGCAAGUGACUAGUGACAUGAGUGGGGAGGAAGGGGACCCCCUUCCCCCCACCCCCCCAGGUCAAGCAGGAAACUGGGAACUAAAGCCAUCUGUUCCUCAAGCUGCUUGGGCUUGGCAAAUAGCUUUUGGACUUCCGCAACUAGCGGCUCUAGCUUGGGAGUGGCGGAUCCCUGUUCCUGUGCUUUGUGAGGCAGGAUGGCGGUGGCCCAUCUAGAGCCACCAGGGCAGAGUGUGCUGAGUAUCCUGAGCUGGCCACCAGCCUCACCUCCUAUGCCUCUGGAGCCCCCCGCUGUCUCGGCCUGGUGCUGGGGAUGAAUUUUGAAUUAGUGUUGGCAAGGUCCAGGGCUCUGCCAGUCACCACUCUUUGUUGAUUACAGGUCGAGUUGGCAUUCCUAACUUGGAGUUUUCCCUAGCGAUUCACACAGGUGGUUUCUACUCCACCUAUGCAAUGCCGGCCCGGACCUCAGCCGCUUCACAUCUCCCUGCCAUCUUGUACUUCAGGGCCCGGGAGAAAGCCGCUCUGUCCCAGAGCAGGAAGCGUUUCCACUUUCCUGGACAGGGCUCCUCUCCAAGCACGGCCAGCGGCUCGCUCCGUGGACUAGUCAGCGGUCGACCACCUUGCUCUUGCCGAGGUGAUUCCACGCUCCCUCCCUCUUUCUGCAGGAAGCAAACACUGGCUCCUGCCUCUUGGCAAGGAUCUGGCUGGAGGAAGAGGGACUCAGAGCUGCUGGCUCAAGUGUAGGCAACCUGAAGAUGGGUGGGGCUUCAGAGAACUGAGAUCUGACUUGUGCCAUAUUUGUUCUUCCAGGCAUCUGGUUGUCCAAGACUUUAGUUGUUGAAUUUGCCAUUGUGGUAUGAUGGCAGUGUGUUUACACUAAAAUUACUGCUCAGAGGCAGGUGAUAGCUUAACCAAAGCCUAUGUGAGGUGGGGUUAGG